AAACUAUAUUUUUACUUCUUUUUGAGUGUUGAGCUCACAGUCACGCACUGAUGACUUUCUCUCUCUCUCUUUUUUAUUUUCUCUCGGCCAUAGUGAAUUAAAGCUGUACAUUACAUUACAACUGUCUCUAUAUAUAACUUGUAUUUACGCUUCCAAGACUUGCAACUAUAGUUUUGAGGUGGAGAAAGAGGCAAUUACUUGGACAGAAGCAGUGUGUUGUGGUGCUGUUCAAAGCUAAAGUGGACUUACUUGCAGUGCACCCACAUUGCAAUUAAGUCCCACCCCUCCACAUUUCCCCCCACUUUUAUUAGCUUUUUUCCCCAAGAUUCUUGAUCUUGCUUCAAAAUUCCCUCCACCCAGAAAGCAAAGUUUUGUUCUUGGAUGUGUUUGUAAGAUACAGAGGAAAAAGGAGGUGGAAUAAUGGAGGUUAACUCAGUUCAGAAGUGGGUUAUGCUGUGGUGUAUAGUGUUGUUUAUCAGUUGUGAGUUGAUUCAGUGUGAUGUUACCUAUGAUAGGAAAGCCAUUGUGAUUAAUGGCCAAAGAAGAUUACUUUUUUCUGGUUCUAUACAUUACCCAAGAAGCACCCCUGAGAUGUGGGAAGAUCUGAUAAACAAGGCCAAAGAAGGAGGUUUGGAUGUGGUUGAAACCUAUGUGUUUUGGAAUGUUCAUGAGCCUUCUCCUGGCAAUUACAAUUUUGAAGGAAGAUAUGACCUGGUGAGGUUUAUAAAGACAAUUCAGAAAGCAGGCCUCUAUGCUCAUCUUAGAAUUGGUCCUUAUGUUUGUGCAGAGUGGAAUUUUGGAGGGUUUCCCGUAUGGCUGAAGUAUGUACCAGGCAUUAGCUUCAGAGCAGAUAAUGAACCUUUCAAGAAUGCAAUGAAAGGGUAUGCUGAGAAAAUUGUUAACUUGAUGAAGAGUCAUAACCUAUUCGAGUCUCAGGGUGGUCCAAUCAUACUAUCCCAGAUUGAGAAUGAGUACGGGCCACAAGCCAAGGCACUUGGAGCAACGGGCCAUCAGUAUUCAACAUGGGCUGCAAAUAUGGCAGUUGGAUUGGAUACAGGUGUCCCCUGGGUCAUGUGCAAGGAAGAAGAUGCCCCAGAUCCUGUGAUCAAUACAUGUAAUGGUUUCUACUGUGAUAAUUUCUUCCCAAACAAACCAUACAAACCCACAAUCUGGACUGAGGCUUGGAGUGGUUGGUUCUCGGAAUUUGGCGGCACCCUUCAUCAGAGGCCAGUUCAGGAUUUGGCAUUUGCUGUAGCUCAAUUUAUACAAAGAGGAGGAUCUUUUGUUAACUAUUACAUGUACCAUGGGGGCACGAACUUUGGACGAUCUGCAGGAGGCCCAUUCAUCACUACUAGCUAUGACUAUGAUGCUCCUAUUGAUGAGUAUGGUCUAAUAAGACAGCCAAAAUAUGGUCAUCUCAAGGAGCUUCAUAAAGCUGUCAAGAUGUGCGAGAAAGCCUUAGUUUCUGCAGAUCCAGCAAUCACAUCCUUAGGAAACCUUCAACAGGCAUACGUGUACUCCUCAGAGACAGGGGAUUGUGCUGCUUUCCUGUCAAACAAUGACUGGAAAUCUGCUGCAAGAGUAAUGUUCAACAACAUGCACUAUAAUUUGCCUCCUUGGUCCAUUAGCAUCCUUCCUGACUGCAGAAAUGUAGUCUUCAACACAGCCAAAGUUGGAGUUCAAACAUCAAAGAUGGAAAUGCUACCAACUAAUUCGGAGAUGCUAUCUUGGGAGAGUUACAAUGAAGAUAUAUCUGCACUGGAUGACAGCUCAUCAAUUCGUUCUCUUGGUCUCUUGGAACAAAUAAACGUUACCAGAGAUACAAGUGACUAUUUGUGGUACAUAACUAGUGUUGAUAUUGGUUCAACUGAGUCCUUCCUACAUGGCGGAGAGCUCCCUACUCUAAUAGUUGAGUCAACAGGCCAUGCUCUUCAUGUGUUUAUUAAUGGGCAGCUCUCAGAUUCUGCAUUUGGGACGAGGAAGAACAGGAGAUUCGUAUUUAAAGGAAAAGUCAAUCUUCGUGCUGGCACAAACAGAAUUUCACUGCUAAGCGUGGCUGUCGGACUGCCGAACAUGGGUGGACAUUUUGAAACAUGGAGCACUGGAGUACUGGGUCCUGUUGCAGUUCAUGGCCUAGACCAGGGAAAAUGGGACUUGUCCUGGGCAAAGUGGACAUAUCAGGUUGGGCUCAAAGGGGAGGCCAUGAAUCUCGUUUCUCCAAAUGGUAUUUCUGCCGUUGACUGGAUGCAGGGUUCAUUAAUUGCACAGAGACAACAACCUUUAACAUGGCAUAAGGCUUACUUCAAUUCACCCGAUGGAGAUGAGCCAUUGGCUUUGGACAUGAGCAGUAUGGGUAAAGGUCAAGUAUGGAUUAAUGGCCAGAGUAUUGGUAGAUAUUGGACAGCAUAUGCUACUGGAGAUUGCAAUGGUUGCCAUUAUUCUGGAAACUUUCGGCCUCCAAAAUGUCAACUGGGAUGUGGGCAACCAACUCAAAAAUGGUACCAUGUUCCUCGGUCUUGGUUAAAACCCACUCAAAAUCUAUUGGUGCUUUUUGAAGAACUAGGGGGAGAUCCCACAAGAAUUUCUCUUGUGAAGAGAACAGUCAGCAGCAUUUGUGCCGAUGUUGCUGAAUAUCAUCCAAAUAUUAAGAAUUGGCAAAUAGAGAACUAUGGAAGAACGGAAGAGUUUCACCUACCUAAAGUCCGCAUUCACUGCGCUCCUGGUCAGUCUAUUUCCUCCAUUAAAUUUGCCAGCUUUGGAACUCCUCUUGGAACCUGUGGGAGCUUCCAGCAAGGACCUUGCCAUGCUCCUACCUCAUAUGCCGUUGUAGAAAAGAAAUGUCUAGGACGCCAGAAGUGUGCUGUAACAAUAGCAAAUAGCAACUUCGGAGAUCCCUGCCCUAACGUAUUGAAGCGGUUGUCUGUAGAAGCACAUUGUACUCCUACCCAGAGUUGAAGAGUACAAAAGAAAAAAAAUGUUCAAAUAUUGCAUAACUUAGUUUACACCCAUGAGGAAAAGACUAGUGAGAGGUAAGAAUAAAGUAGUGAGAGCUUAGGAAAUAGGAGGUAGUAGUUUGGUUGAUGAAUGCUACUGUUGUUGAGGAGAACUUCUGAUAUGAGUUCAUUAGAUAGUCUUAAUAUUGGGGUGCCAAAGGGGACUCUGAGAAGAUAGCAUAUUAUAGAUGAGUUUAUAAACGUUGGGAGUUCCAAAAUGCUACUCCCAUCGUAGAAUGCAGUCUGGUCCCUUUCUACUUUUAUACUGGAAAUGUGGACCAGAUAAGCAUCGUUGUUACGUUGUUAUUUAGUCAGUGUGAUAGCUUGUCUUCCUGGGAAAAUCAAACCCCUUAGGUUCAUGUUAGGAACGGAUCCUAGUAUGACCCUUAUAAUUGUCUGUAUUGUGCAGUUGGUAGAAAGAAUUCAAUGGAAAAGUGUACAUCCAUGUUUUUUUUCCUUUUCAUGCAACCAGUGCCAUAUGAGAUGAUCAUGUUAAAUGCUGUACAUGGACUCACUUGAGUGUUUUGUUAUACGGUAACCGUGUUCUGGUUUGAA